AUGAAUCUAAAGCAUUGCAGCAUUGAGGAGAAAGAACACCUUCAGGUCUACCUCCGCAUCCGACCCUUCAGCUCAGCAGAGAGCGAUAAUGGAGAGUCGCAGGACUGUGUUACCAUUGAGUCCCCAGAAACAGUUUUGCUGAAGCCGCCCCGUUUGUCCCUCUCAGCGAGGCUUAGCACUGACAAAUCCCUUCCACAGACUGGACAGCGCUUCCAGUUCUCUCAGGUGUAUGGUCCUGUGACAACACAGAGAGAGCUCUUUCAGGGCACCGUAAAGGAUCUGGUGAAAGAUGUUCUCGAAGGGGGAAACUCUCUGGUUUUCACUUAUGGAGUCACCAACGCUGGGAAGACCUUCACGUUUUUAGGUCCAGAUGCCGAUGCCGGUAUCCUGCCCAGGUCUCUCGAUGUUAUUUUCAGCAGUAUUGAUGAACAGGUUUUCACUGGGAUGAGCAUCAAACCUCACCGCUGCCAAGAGUUCACAAGGCUCACCGUCGAGCAGCAGGCUGAGGAAGUGGCGUUCAAGAAGAACUUCUUCAGACAACUUAAAGAGAGUGAUAGGAGCAAUGCCAGCCUGACCUCGACCAAUAGGACCCUUCUUGAAGGCUUCUCCAUGCUGGACACGACUGUCGCAGCGGGGGACAAAAUCAGUCUGGCGGUGGCAGCGCACACCAAGUUCUCUGUUUGGGUUUCUUUCUGUGAAAUCUACAAUGAGAACAUUCACGACCUGCUGGAGGUGGUACCCAACGGGGCCCUGAGGAGGGCCGCACUGCGCCUCUCACAGGACGUCAAGGGCAACGCCUUUGUCAAAGACCUGCGUUGGGUUCAGGUGAAUAGUGCUGAAGAGGCUUACAAGGUGAUGAAGCUUGGAAAGAAGAACCAGAGCUUCUCCUCCACCCGACUCAACCAGCUCUCCAGCAGGAGUCACAGUGUAUUCUCCAUUCGCAUAUUGAGAAUUGAAGAUAUUGGGACUCCGAGGGUCCACGCAGUCAGCGAGUUGUGUCUGUGUGACCUGGCUGGCUCGGAGAGAUGCGCCAAGACCCAGAAUAUAGGAGAGCGCCUGAAAGAGGCCGGAAACAUCAACACCUCGCUGCUCAUCCUGGGGAAAUGCAUCAACGCUCUGCGACACAAUCAGCAGGCCAAGCUGCUUCAUCAUGUUCCCUUCAGGGAAAGCAAGCUGACCCACUACCUGCAGGGCUUCUUCUGCGGUCGAGGUAAAGCCUGUAUGAUCGUCAACAUCAACCAGUGUGCCUCUAUGUACGAUGAGACUCUCAACGUCCUCAGAUUCUCUGCUGUGGCACAGAAGGUUGUAGUUCUGUCCACGAGGCCCCCUCCCAUCCUGUCCCAGAGGUCCGCCAGUGAGGUGUCCUUCAUCAUCAACAAUGCUGACAGGAAAGCUCUGCGGGGCAGCAGGAGGAGCUCCCUGAUUGGCUGGGAUAGUAGCCUGGAGGAUGUACAGGAGGAUGAGGACGACGAGUAUGAGGAAGAAAACAGCCUGAUGGAGGACACGAUGGAUCGGACGGGCAAUGAAGAGGACGGCGAUGCAGGCGAUGAUAGAAUUCUCGUCGGUAAAAAGACCCACCAGAGGCAGGUGGCGCUGUUGAAACAGCUGCAGGUUCAGCUGAAGAAGGAGCGAGCGGAGAGCCUGCUCAUGGAGGCGCGGGUCAGAGAGGAAAUCAGCAGAGAGUUCUCAGAGCUCUUCUCUGAGAUGCAGAAUGACUACAAUGACCGCUUGGCGAGGGAGAGAGAACUCUUGGAGGAGCGAGCAGAGAGGAGGCUGGAGAUCUUCAAGAACCUCAUUGACAAAAUGGCCAGCGCUGGACCCAGUCAAGAUGCACAAGCCAUGGACACAUCUCUGGACUCCUCUGAAUUGGCGGACAUAAAGAAGGCCGCUGAGGCUGCUCAUAAAUGUCUGGAUUCAGGCCGGGCAGGGGCUCAGGCAGACAGAGGAGACUUUGUGGAGGAGCUGGAGAGAAAGGUGUUGGAACUCCAAGAGCAGAUGGCUCUCAAACACAAUGGUGAAGCCAGUGGAGUCGAUGCAGAAGAGAAAGGGAGGCUUCUCAUUCAGCUCCAGGAGAAGUCGUCAGAGAUUGCCCGACUGGAGAAACAAGUGGGAGGCCAGCAGAGGGCAGCGGAGCCGGGCUCACAGGGCUGCUCCUUGCUGGUCGAGGAGGGGAGUCCACGUGAGAGAGAGCGGCUACAGGAGGCGUUGGCUGCCCUUGAGAAAGAGAAGAGAGGCAGAGAAGAUGCCCUCGCUGCUUUGGAGUACCAGACUAUGGGAAGAGAAGAGGCACUCGCAUCCUUAGAUGAGGAGAGGAAAGCCAGGGAGGAGGCCCUUGCCACACUCGGAGAGCUAAAGCGAAGCAAAGAGGAGUUGCUAGCAUCCCUUAAAGAAGAGAGAGAAGGCAAAGAGAAAGCAAUGGCAGCCCUCGAAGCAGAGAGGAGAGCCAAGGAGGAUGCCAUUGCUGCCCAUCUGGAAGAGAAACAAAGCAGAGAGGACGUGGUUGCUGCACUUGGUCAAGAGAGGAGUGGCAAAGAGGAUGCCCAGUCUGUUCUGGAGGUGGAGAGGAAGGAGAUGGGCCGGCUGGUUGAGGAUAGAGUGAAGAGGCAACAGGAGGGUGAUGCACUUCGACAAGAAGAAGUCCAAGAGCUGACUUCCAGACUGGAAGCCACACAGCGUCAGGUGUCCAGCAAGACGGAGAGAGCGGAAGAAGUGUUGCGCCAACUACAAACUGCUCAGGCACAACUGGGCGAUCGCUCCAAGGAGCUCCAGGAGAAGACUUCGCAGAUCCACACUCUGACACAGGAAGUCCAAAGCCUGAAACGGGAACUGCAGACUUCAGCAGCAUCGUCCGACGGUGUCCGUGAUCAGCUGGGAGAGGAAGUGUCUGAGCUUAGGAAGAACCUGGCUGUGGAAGAGGAGAAAAGUGAGAGCCAGCGCAGACAAAUGCUGGAGCUGGAGCGUGAGCUAGGACAGGCAAAAGAACAGUUGGCACUCAAGCAGCAGAUCUCCGACCAGCAGCUGGAACAGUUAACCGAAAGGUGGAAUCAACAAGAAGCAGCUUUAAAGCGGCAAGUUGAAGAGCUCGGAAAGAAGCUUCAGGAGUCCAAGCUAGAAUGCCAAGAAGCAGCCCUACAAGAAGGUGCUUCCAACAAAGAAGCACAACAGCUGAGAGCAAAACUUAAGGAACAAUUGCAGGCCUCGGAAAAGCAGGAACAGGAGCUCACUGAGAAGCUGCGCGAACAAGAAGUGAUGUCACAACAGCAGCUGGAGGAGUUGGAACACAAACUGAGUGAGCAAAAAGAUGCUUUAGAUGAUCUAAAGCAAAAGCUCAGUGAGCGGGAGCAAACUGCACAGCUGCUCCAAGCCAAACUGGAAGACGCUAAGUUUCAAGGUUCAGACAUUUCCUCUAGCUCUGCCGCUGAAGAGGAUCUCAAGAGGUUGAACGCUGAUCUCCAGACUGAGAUUGCAUCCCUGAAGUCAAAGCUUUCCAACAUGGCAGAAACUCUUAGCAAAACGGAAGCUCAGCGAGCUCCUUCAGAAAUGGAGAUGAUGCUAAAAGAAAAGGACAGACAGGUGGAGCUAGCAGAGGCGGCGGAAGUGUCCACAGAGAGAGUGGCGGAGCUGCAGAGGAAGCUGCUGGAGAAGGAGGCACAGGUGACGUCCCUGCAGAAGAGCCUGCAGAAGGCGCGGGAGCAGCGGGAGGAGGAGGAGAGCCAGGCGGUCCAGGAGGCCCGGCGCAGGGAGGUGGAAAGGCGGCGGGAGCUGCUGGCUGUGGCGCAUGAGGCCAUCGCUCAGAAGGACGCGGAGCUGGAGAAGAAAGCCGAGGAGAUCGCCAGACUAAAAGAAAAUGCCAAGCAGGACUCGGACAAAGUCAAGAGCCUCAGCCUCGACCUUCAGAGAAAAGAAGACAACACGUCAGACCUCAGAGAGAAACUAGCCGACUAUAAGAAGCAGAUCCAGCAGGUCCAGAAAGAGAUCUCAGCCAUGAGGGAAGAAGAAAAGCUUUCGAGGCAGAAGCUGGCCGACGCCGAGAAAGCCAAGAAGCAGCUUCAGUCGGACGUUGCCAGCAGAGACAGAGCUAUUCAGCAACUCAAAGUGGAACAGUCCUCUGACACCAAGUCUGAACAGACACGCUACCAGAAGGCCAGUACAGACCUUGAAGCCAAAGAGCGUGUGAUAGAGGCAAUGCGUUUGGCUCUGACGGAGCAGGAGGAGACGCAGGACCAGAUGGAGCAGGUCUUGGAGGAGAAACUUAACCUCAUCCAGGAGCUCUCCAGCGAGGUGGAGAAAUUGAAAGGGAUGUUGUUGAAGCAGGACCGCCGGGGAAACGGCACACACCCCUUCGUCGACAGCCCAUCGGAUGACCUCAAACUGGCCAAACAGGAAACUGCCCAGGCUCAGGAAAGCUUGAAGCUGUGUGCAGAGAAACACCAGGCCGAACGCAAAAAGUGGCUGGAGGAGAAGCUGUCCCUGCUCGGCCAAGCCAAAGAGGCGGAGGACAAGAGGAACCAGGAAAUGAGGAAGUUUGCUGAAGACAGAGAGCGCUACACUCGACAGCAGAGCCAGUUGGAGUCCUUGUCGUCCCAGCUGGCUGACAAGGAGCAGAUCAUGGAGAGGUGGAGGAAGGAGAGAGACACUCUGGUAGCAGCUUUGGAGGUCCAGCUACAGAAGCUUCUCUCGAGCCAAGCAGAGAAAGACAAACUCAUCCUGCAGCUUCGCCAAAGUAACUUACAGCAACCACAAGAGAGUGGUGAUGGCGGUGUCGGCGUGGCAGAGCUGCAGGCCGCGCUGUCUGAAAGAGAGGCGGAGAUCCUACGACUGAAGGAAGAGCUCAAGGCCACAACAGCCGAACAGGGGGGCACAGUCACACAGACUAAAAGCAACGCGAGCCCUGCUACACUGGUUGGGAAUCCCCAGAGUGAAACCAUUAACAGGAAGUCAGGAGGAAGGAGGGAAACCAGAGCGUCUGUCAGCAGUCAGAGCUCAGCUGGCUAUCCUUCAGUGCUAGAAUCCUCUGAGAUCUCCACAGAGAACGGCAGGACGAGCCGCUUCCCCCGUCCGGAGCUGGAGAUCUCCUUCAGCCCUCUGCAGCCAAACCGCAUGGCUCUGCGGCGCCAGGGAGAGGAGAGCGCCGUCACCGUCAAAAUCACCCGCUCGGCACGCAAAAGGAAGAGCGGAGAGAUGGAGAAGUCUCACAUUUUCAGAAGGAGUAAACGACGACCAACACACAAGGAGGAAAUGGAGGCUGAGAACAGAAGGAACACGCGGACCAAACUGAUGCCAAAGCUGACCCCGCACAAAGAGGAGAUCUCUUCUCCAUCGAGCCGCAGUGACUCCCAGAGCAGCAUCCGCAGCAGAAAGGAAGGAACUCUGCAGAAGAUCGGAGACUUCCUGCAGAGCUCCCCCACGCUUUUCGGCACUAAAGCCAAGAAGAUGAUGAGUCUGGUGAGCGGCCGGGGCGAUGCAGACUCACCAGCCUCCUCUGCCUCCUCUUCAUCCCUCAGUCUGAGAGCCAAGAAGAACAAAAAGAAACUCUACCGGCCUGAUAUCUCCUCCCCCAUGGACAUGCCCUCCCACCCAAUAAUCAGCAGAGAGCCGGAGGAGAGAGAGAGUGACCAUUCGAUCAUUAAGAGGCGCCUUCGCUCCAGGAUGGCUAAAUAAUGAACCUACUUACAUUAACUCUACAUCAUCUCAACACUAUCUUCACAAAAUGAAGGGAGCAUUUAGCUGCCCAACACCUUUUUUUCUAUUUCAUGGGGGCUGGAAAGUCUUAAAACAUGCCUUCUAAGUUAUCUUAUUUAAUCUAAAAAUCUAUAGUUUAAUACUGUUUUCAGAAUAGAGCAAAGUCGCUAAUAUACAGCUGACUACGUGGCAAAGUGGCAGUUAAAGAAAUGGUUCAACAUUUUGGAUAAGUAAACUGCUGAGAGUUCGAUGAGAGGAUGGAUACCACUUCCAUCUGUGCGUUCAGUGCGGAGUUUUAGUGUAUUUUUUUUGUUGGUUGUUAUCUAAAUCUUGAACAUGUUUCCCAAAAUGUUGAACUAUUCCUUCACAAUACUAAUCAACGUUUGGCUGCUUUUUUUGCUCUUUUGUCCACAUUUAUCAUCAAAUGACUCACGUCUCUGCAGAUACUCUUAUUAAAUAGUAAGCACUCUGAAUUUGUACAUCUUUUACACCUCUUAGACAAAAGAUGCUGACUGUUUUUAUUUACUUUAAAGUGCAAUAUUCUCUCGCCAUGUUUGGGCUGUGCUGGAGAAUGGUUAUUUUAUUUUAUUUUUAUGUUUUACUUAAUGUGAGGAAGCUAUAGCAGUUAUGUGGUGUCAUUUUUCAGACGUCUCAAUGUUGUCCUGUUUGUGAAAGGCGGUGCAGCACCAGCUCACUGGUUUUAUUUUCUGCAAGUGAUAUCAAGAAAGCUGCUAUUAGAGCGUUUUGGAAAUGUCUCGCGUUGUUCUAAGCAACUAUUCAUUUCAUUUUCAUAACUGUUCAGAUAGGAAGUCAGGUAUUUUAAAUGCCUCUGUCAUUCACUUUAUAUUCACUUCUCACUCUCUACCGCACUUUAUCUCUUCCCUCGGAACAAACCUGAUAGUACACUAAAUCUAGAGAAUGCAGGAUGAAAGCAUCAUCGGUUUUACUGUGUACUUGUUAUUGAAACUCCUCCAUGCAGACUUGUUAUAGUCCACGUGGUCUGAGUGCUAAAAGCGAUGACUGUAGGACCGCUGGCUGUUCAUCUCUGUACAUUAUAUUCUGUUCAAGAUGAAGGCCUGCUGAGUGUUCUUUCUUUUGUUCAGGAAAUAGUUUUUUUCAAAGCUGCCUGAGUUUAAAAAAGAAAAGGAAAAAAAGCUUGUUUUAUUUUCUGAAAUUGUGCACUUUUCUGUAUUUUUGAAAUACCUAUUUCAUACUUUUCUGUCAUACCAUCAUGUAUUUUCUCUACUGUCGUUCUAUAGCCUUGGAAUUAUUUUCCAAUUAAAAAUAUAAAACUGCUUCUCAAAUGUG